GCAUUUUCGAAAAUCUGAAGAUUUGAGCGUAACGUAAUGGAAUGGGAGAGUUCCAAAGUUACAAAAAAAUAAAACCCUUGUAUUUCUGGUAUCAAGCCACGAUUGCAGUUAAUUUUUUACUUAUUUUGAAUGAAAUAAUCUCAUGUUUUCUGAUAAUUUCAAUAAGCCAAAGUAAUAAAAAUUGACUUUAAAGUUUUUUUCCCCACCGCUGUAAGCGAAAAAAGUAUAUAACCAUUAUUCUUUCUAUCAUCUAAUCUACCAAAUCUAAUCGAUUCCAAUGACGCUGUAGUAACUGCAAAUUUAGCAUCCCGGGCUCCUUUGCUAUAAUGAUGAUGAUGAAUGAAAUAUCCCCGGUCGUAUUCGAAACAACUAAAAUUCGCGCAAUAUGAGCAUUUACCAAUUCUGAAUAUAUUUAAUGGUUCAUCAAUUCAGAAUUGGCGUUGUGCGGGUGGAAUCGUGGGUUCGGGUACAAGUGAUUUGUAAUCAGUGAUAAGUACUUUUGAUUUGAUUGGUAACUGUAAUAUAUGGGUUACUAGCGUCCGCGUGGAAUUUAGUUUUUCACAAAUCCCUUGGGAACCAUGGAUUUUUCCGGGAUAAAAAGUAGCAGUUGCAGGUGCCAAUCCAGUGUCGUGUUUUAAAUAAAGCCGUUUCUGAAAGAACUACAGAAAUUUUGUAAUUUAAACGGCUUCAAUUAAAACAUCACUGGCUUGGCACCGCCUUCAAACUGAUCAGAAGGUAGCUGAUCACAUAGGGUAAUCGGGCCAUUGGGAAUUCCAAGUGGGUUUUGAGAUUUUAACAACUAAAGAAAGAUACGCAGUUUUAAGCUGCUUUGAAAGUUACACUGCACUGUCACUUGUCAAGAAUAUUGGCGUGAACUGAGGCUUAUAGAGAUUGUGUGGCGGACACUCGUGUGAUGUGCCGGCAACACCACAUGGAAGUGCUUUUGGAAGUCACCUGAUCUCGAAGUGCCCAGGAGCUUGGGAGUUUGGAGAAUGAAGUUCUCAACAGGAUCGAGCUCCAGCAGUCUCGCCAGCGACUCGCUGUCGAGGAAGUCAACUUUAUGCAUCUACACAGAAGUGGAUGCCACUUUACCACCUCCAGUAGAAAGGAUGGAUAGCAGCUCAGAGGCGAUGGAGUUGAGAAGGGAGCUGGACGCGGUGAGGAGCGCGUUACAGCAACAGUCGGAGUCUGUCUUGAAACAGAGACAUCAGUUAGUUGAAGCUAGUCAAGCGCUCGCCGCCAGAGACAAAGAGGCUAUACAAGAGAGACGCCUCAGACAAGACCAGCUCGCAAUCGUCCUACGAUCAUUAGUUCUACUAGAAUCACGGUUAAGCAGAGAACAAAAGCAAAUCCACGUCUCUCUGAAGCAGAAGGAGAAAAUAAUCAAAUCUCAACAAGAGGAAAUCGUCAAACUGAAAGCUCGGAAGUCAUACUGUAGCAACUGUCAACAACUUCUCGGGUUCACGAGCGAACAAACAAAUAUAGAAACAGACCCAGAGUUUCAGAGUCUAGAAAGCACAGAUUCCAGAUUUCAAAACAGUUUUGUGCGUAGUUGUAGCUAUCGAGAGAGAAAAGCACCACCGGCGUUCCAAAAGAAUACUAGGUUAAGUAAAAGCUUUCAGUUGCCGAAGAACGAUAUUGUCUAUGGCAACUCUAGUUCCAGCGAAGAGGGAAACACAGCUAGCGUCAGUAGCAAAGGGACCUUUAUUAAAAAUAAACAGGCAUUUGUCAGAAGAGACGUGUUCAGGAGAUCUAGAAAAUACUCGGGAAGAAAGAAUAACGGAAAGAGUAAUGAAAAUUUACAAAAGAAUACUUAUAACAAUCAAGUAAAUAGCAGUAGCGCUGAAGAAUGUAUCAGUAUGCCUUUCCAAGUUAAUCACGAUGAUACUGAUAUAACAGCUAACCAAAUUGCUAAUGACAUUAGAAGGGCAUCAAUGAAAAUAGAUCAGCUGAUCGGGGAGGCCGCUAAGAAAGAUUCCGAAAAUACUCAAAGUGAGUCUGAAAAAACUUAUUCUACGACGAUGGAAAGGAUCCAUGGAAUAAAAAGGCAAGCUUCUGACGAAAUUAAAACUAAUAGACAGAUAUUUCUUAGUAAGGUAUUAAGCGACGAUGGUGAAGAAAAGCCUUGGUACUGCAAUAUCAGCGAUCCAGAACAAGAAACGGAUUGUCUUGACCAAAGAAUGUCGGUUAAUAAUGCGCAAUCUAAAUCCACCGAUGAUAUUUUAAUGGCUGGUCUUAAAACCGGAAUUCUUAACGCUGAAGUCAUAUCCGCUAAAAAUGAAGUACUUUGCAACAACAUACUGAAAAACAUUGUUGUCGAUAAAUUAAAUUCCAGUUUCGAUGAUAAAAAUAAUAACAUACAUGAUAAGGAGAUAGUCGCUGCAGAGGUUAGUGAAAAUUGGUAUGCUAGCACUAGUGAUGCUGAUGACACUCCGCCUAAUGAAAUAUAUAAAAAUAAUCCAGUAUUGGAAUGCGUUAAUCAGAUACUACUUCAGAAUUCUUUAGAUGACAGCAGUAAUGAUAAUUCUAAGUCAAGUGAAACACCGAGCCCUAGUCCCAAGGCUACUACAAAACGUGUUCAGUUUUCUACUUUAAACAGCAUCUCAUAUGAUGAUAAGAUUCGAGCCAAUAUAGGUAAUAAUCAUACAUUACCAAGGUCGGAUAGGACAAGAGCUAACAAGAUAGUGAAAUUCAGUUUAGAGACUGCUUCGGAACAUAGUUACGAAGUACCAAACACUGCACAAGGCUUUCAAUACGAAAUUCAAAGCAUUUAUAGUAAUGAAUAUGAACCCAUCAUAACGAAAAAUGCGGAGCAAAAGCCUAUACCGGUAUCUAAAAUUGUUCUGAAUGCUGAGAAAUCAACUGUUCCUAAAAUACGAGGCUCUAUAGUCAAAAAUAUUGCUGCAAAUAUAGAAAGUCGCAAUCUUAUGAAUGCGAUGGAUGCAAAACCUGAUCCUAAUCUAGGUUCAAUGAAAAUAUUUAACAAAAGAAAAGUGCCACGAACUCCUCCUGCACUGCCGCCUAAACCAAAGAAUUUGUCAGCUAAGUGGAAAGCUGAGAACUCUGUCAGACCAGCGACAGAGCCACUAGACUCUGACGCCGUUGCGGCUAAUCAACGGGUUGCAGAUGUUAAGACGAGAAACGUGGGACAAGUGGCCACUAUAAAAAGUAUUGAACCGGACUACUGCUCCAUUUCAGAGAUAAAUGUUCCAGUAGUCAGUAAUGGUAAAAGGGAAAUGCUUCUAACGCAGCCAACAGUUGAGAUUCACAAUGAACAGUAUCCAAUUCAUACAACCAAUCAAAGGAACAGUGUUGCUAAGGUGGUGUCUUUGCCCAGAAUACAGAACAGAAUAAGUGACAAAGAUAUCCCGAAACUGCCACACGUCACUGAAAUCAUUAUUCCAGAUGAAGACGAGAAACCCAAUGAAGAACAUCGUCCUUUUAAUAAAACCACCGAAACUUACUUGGCUAAUUUUAGUAUGCAUGUGUUACAACCGAAACUAGAUCCAAGAGGUUCUAUCCAAAUGGGAAAUACUGUGUCUUCGAUUCUCUCAGAGAUUAACAAAGGUGCUAAAACUGGUGGUAAACAGAUUAACUUGACAGAAUUGGACAAUCAGUUCAAUCAAGCGCCUGCAAAAAAUAACGCAGAGCCUCGCAAAGCAGAAUAUUUAGACGACAUAGACAAGUUUGAUUUAUCGCAAGACUUCGAGGAAUUUAAGAUAGACGAUGAGUUGGGGAGUAUAGUAGCGGAGGAGUAUCGCAUAAGCUCGGCCAGCAGUGAUGGUUCAAUAUCUGACGUUGUGACCGAACAACUGACCACCGUACCUGAAAAAAACGAUCAAAAUAAUGCAACAAAUGAUAAUAACGAAGAGAAUACUGAUACAUUUCACGACUGCAAUGACAAUGUAAGCAAAGCUCAGUUAAAAAACGCAAAGCUAUCAAAUAAACCUGAUCUAUUAUCGAAUAUAGAAAACGUUGAGACUGAAUCAGUGAGGAACUCUGAUAUUGAGUCAAGCAACUCAUCAGGAAGUAACAGUGGGUCUUAUAAUACAGUGAAAUGUGAACCGAGAAUGAUUCUUAACAACGCUGAUGCCAAUUUGAAAAGAACUAAAGGAACUUUUGAUUUCUUCCUAGAGACAUCUGGUCUUAGUUCCAAGUCUAUAUUUUCACCAAACAAAAAUUACCUUGGUCUGAGGCCUCCAAGUGCUAAUCAUAAAAACGUACUGAAGCCCAAGGACAUUAAAAUGAGAGUCAAAAAUCCCAUCGCAACGAACAAAAUCAACGAAAAACCUAUGACGACUGCAAUUAAAUAUUUUGAACCUUAUGUAUAACAUAAUAAAUACUAUUGUAUAAUGUACCUUUUAUUAAUAAUAAUUUUUAUUAUAUUAAAUUUAAUAUUAUUUAUUGUAAAAAAAUGAUGAACUUGCCUGCAUAAUAUUAACUAUAUUUAUGUUAAAUUGUGUACUGUAAAUAUUUUUAAUUAUACAUACCUAGUUAUCAUUAUAUUAUGAAAUAUAUAAUAAUUUGAAUUA